AUGGAAAUCUUGCACGUCUUGGGUCAACCCUUUAGUGAUACAACUAUUGAGGCUUAUCAGUAUCACACUUAUCAACCAUAUACAUCAAAUUUAAACUAUAAUGAUGAAAUCAGAAUAAAUAUUCAAGAUCUAGAUGCUUAUACUUUACCAUGUAACAGUUACAUAAUAUGUAUAUUAUACAUAGAAGGAAAAAUGUUAACUGAUGACAAUAAAGUUCCUACAAAAUUUCAAUUUAUUAAUAACGGUAUUUCAUAUUUAUUUAGAGAAUUGAGGUAUGAGUUAAAUGGUGUUACAAUUGAUUCCGUACGAAAUAUUGGUUUAAUUUCAACUUUGAAAAACUACUUGUCGCUUAAUGAAAAUCAGAGUAAACUCUUACAAAAUGCUGGUGGGUUUCCAAAAGAAGAUAAGUUGAAGAUUGAUACGCAUGGUAAUUUUAAUGUAUGCAUACCAUUAAAAAUUUGGUCUGGCUUCUUUGAAGAUUUUCAAAAAAUUAUCAUUAAUAUGAGACAGGAAUUAGUCUUGAUACGAGAAAAAGAUGAUAUUGAUGCUAUUAUCGCUACAGAUGAAACAGAAAAACCAAAAAUUGAAAUUAAUAAACUUUAUUGGAAUGUACCUCAUAUUUUACCUAAUAUUAGCGAACAAUUGCGGCUAAACAAAAUAGUUCGUAGUAAUACGGAACUACCUAUAAAAUUUAGAAGUUGGGAAUUAAUUGAAUAUCCCACUUUAAAUAAUUCGACACGUCAUACUUGGCCAGUAAAAACAACUACAAAAUUAGAAAGUCCUCGGCAUAUUGUAGUAGCUUUCCAUGAUGGUCGAAAAGGAAAAAUGCUGAAAGAUAUGAGUAAAUUUGAUCACUGCAAUUUAACAAAUAUUCGUAUGUUCCUUAAUUCUGAACGAUAUCCUUAUCAAGAUCUCAACUUAGACUUUGACAGUAACCGUUUUGCAACAUUGUAUGAGAUGUUUGCUAAUUUCCAAGAAUCUUAUUAUCACCUUCAAACUAAUCAACCAAUAUUUAAUCCAGAGGAAUUUAAAAAUAAUGCCCCUAUAGUUCAUACUGACUGUUCAAGACAAAAAGAAAUUAUUCAAAGUGGUUCUGUUGUUCUGAGAAUAGAGUUUGAAACCAGUAAAUCUGUGGGAAAUAAUGUUUCCGCAUAUUGUCUAAUAUUACAUGAAAAAGAAUUCUCUUACAAUCCUUUAACCAAAAUUGUAAGACAACAGUAA